AUGACCAUAAUUAAAUAAUAUAUAUAUUAAAAUAAAAAUGUAUUAAAUCUUCAGAACAAUAAAGAUGAUGAGACAAAUAAUUAGACCUAUAAGAUUAUGUGCACCUAUUGUGGCUACCAAUAACUACUUAAAUAUAUACAAUCUGAAUCAAUUUUAUAUGUCUUUACUAAUUGA